AGCUUAGUCUGUCUCUCUAUCAAGGAUUGCGAUCUCUUUGGUGUUGAGUUAAUGUUUGAUAUGUUACAAGAGAUAGAAAGAGUAGAUUGUGAUCAUUUUAAGUCUCAUUACCUCAGAUGUUCCCUGUGGAGCACAUCUCUGCUUUCUCUCCAGCUUCACUUCUGCUUCACCCUUAGCUCACCUGCACUUGCUGUGUAGCUUAAUUUUUACCUGUCUGCCUCUCUGUCUUUUCUUACCAGGGGCCACUUGGUGUUUAUCUUGAUCAGCUGUUUGUUCUGAGUUACCUGGGAGACUUCUGGAUAGUUUUUUGCCACUGGGUUACCUGUCAGUUCUUCCAGGAGAAUAAUGGGUAUUUGGUUGAAGUGGCUAUGGUACCACAGAAACUACUUCAUCAUUAUCUUCACUCCAAUUGUACUCCUUCCCCUGCCUCUCAUCAGCUUUACAUCGCAAGCGAGAUGUGGUUAUGCUAUCAUCCUCAUGGCUCUGUACUGGUGUACAGAGUGUAUGCCUCUGGCUGUGACUGCCCUACUGCCUGUUGUCCUCUUCCCUAUGCUGGGCAUCAUGAAGGCUGGAGAGGUGAGUAUUGAAUAUCUGAAAGACUCUAACAUGCUGUUCAUCGGUGGCCUGUUGGUGGCCAUCGCAGUGGAGCACUGGAGCCUUCAUAAGCGCAUCGCAAUCCGAGUUUUGCUGCUGGUUGGUGUUCGUCCAGCCCUGUUAAUGAUGGGCUUCAUGAGCGUCUCGUCCUUCCUGUCCAUGUGGAUCAGCAACACAGCCACCACGGCCAUGAUGCUGCCCAUUGCCCAUGCCGUGCUGCAGCAGCUGAAAGCCACAGAGGCUCGGGCAGACGAACAAGAUUUCCAGGAUGCAGCCGAGGACAACCCUGCAUUUGAGCUUGAGAUGAGAGAAACUAAAGAGGAAAUAACAGGCAUUAAACAGCCAGACACCAAGUGUCAUCUGGAGAACAGUGCGGAUCAACAUGAGUGUAGUCGAGAAGCAAUGCAGGAGUCCAGGAGAAAAGCGAUGGAGGCCAAGUAUGAGCAUCUGACCAAAGGGAUGAGUCUGAGUGUGUGUUACUCUGCCAGCAUCGGUGGCACGGCCACACUCACCGGCACGACCCCUAACCUUAUCCUUAAGGGUCAAAUGGACAAGCUAUUCCCUGGGAAUGGUGAUGUGAUCAACUUUGCCAGCUGGUUCGGCUUUGCUUUUCCCAACAUGGUGAUCAUGCUGGUGUUGACCUGGCUCUGGCUUCAGUUAAUUUUCCUGGGCUUCAACCUGAAGGAGUCAUUUGGCUGCGGCGUGAAAACCGACAGAGAUAAGGAGGCGUAUGCGGUAAUGAAAGAGGAGUACAAAAAGCUGGGGCCCAUGAAGUUUGCUGAAGGAGCGGUGCUCACGGUCUUUAUACUGCUGGUGCUCCUGUGGUUUACUAGAGAGCCAGGCUUCAUUCCCGGCUGGGCAGUGAUCUUCCCUAAGGAGUUUGUGUCAGAUGGAACCAUCGCUAUUUUUAUGUCAAUGCUCUUCUUCGUCAUCCCAUCCCAGCUGCCCAGUUAUAGAGGCUACGGUUACAACGAUGCAGGUAAGAUGGUGAAGUCUCCCCCCACUCUGCUGGAUUGGCAGGUGGUCCACGAGCGAAUGCCCUGGAACAUCAUCCUGCUGCUGGGAGGAGGCUUUGCUCUGGCUGCUGGCAGUGAGGAGUCAGGUCUGUCCAAGUGGUUGGGACAGAGCUUGGCACCUCUGCAGCAAAUCCCCCCCUAUGCCAUCUCGUUGCUGCUCAGCCUGCUGGUGGCGACAUUCACCGAGUGCUCCAGCAACACAGCCACCACCACCCUGUUCCUGCCCAUACUGGCCUCUAUGGCCACAGCUAUUAAGAUACACCCGCUAUACGUCAUGCUGCCCUGCACCAUCGCUGCCUCUCUAGCCUUCAUGCUGCCUGUGGCCACACCACCCAACGCCAUCGCCUUCUCAUUUGGAAGCCUCAAAGUCAUCGACAUGGUGAAAGCUGGAUUCAUUCUGAAUAUCAUUGGGAUUUUGACCGUUAAUUUAGGCAUCAACACCUGGGGAUACGCCAUGUUUGACAUGGGCACCUUUCCUGUGUGGAUCAACGGUACAAAUGACAAACCUUGAUUAUGGGAGGACUGAAAUGGAAAUUGAAAAUGACACAGAAUUGGAUUUUAAAGCCCCUGAAAACUUGACUUGAAAUCUAAAAGUAAAGUAUUUAAAGUAUAUAAAGUAUUUUUCUAAAAUAUAUAUUCAUGACUUAAUGAGCAAUAGUCAAAAUCUUUCUUUUAGGUAUUAUUUCUGAAGAGUUUAACAGCCAAACCCUCAGCUAUUCUGCUGUAUCUGUGGGUGCGGUUUGAUUUGAUUGACAGUUACAGUAACAACCAACCAGGUGUCAUGCUCAUUCAAAUUUUGCUCAAUCCUGAUUGGUGCAUGUAGAUACAUGACAUCACCUUUUUCAGACUGAGUCCCACCCACUUAAGACCAGCACAAAUGAACACACACAAAUCCAGAAAUUUCAUGAAUGAAGCAACAUAAAAUCAUUCAAACUUUGAAAGAAAAUAUGUGUGCUCAUGUAGGAUAAACAAAUCUACCUUGUAUCACUAAUAAGAAGCUGAUUGAGAAAAAAGGUUUCGGGGCUUUUAAAGUAAAGAAGUGUUUAAGUUGCAGAAGCUUUGAUUAUUAUAGAUCAAGGGGAGUAAAUAAAAGGUUGGUUACAGUAAAUGUGGUAAAUAAAAUAAAAGUAAAGUAUUGAUGCACUACCACACACUCUGAAUCAAUGUUUUAUUGUAAACAAACACUGUAUGAACUUGUAGCGCUAUCAGACUAUUUGCUCUAUGAUAGACAGACUCUCCCCUGUUAGUGUUUAGUACUUCCUUGUGUCAUUCCAGUGACGGAACAAAACAAAAAUGUGUUCAUUAGAAAGAACUGAGGUCAUUUCUUUGCACACAUUUCCCUGAAUGUGAUGUAAUCUUAUUUAUCUAUGCAUCACUCACAAAUGAUGUAAAGGUGCACUAUAUGUUUGAGAGAUUAUUUUAAAUAAUGUGAUUAUUCUGAGUGAUGUUGUUUACAGAUAAUGUGUAAAUGAGCUCAAUUAAUUGUGUCAGUUAAUUUAACUUAUUACUGUGAUAUAAUUUGACAUGUUGGGAAAAUAU